UUCCCCUACUUUCCUUCUGUUUUCUUUACCCUUGUCUACCCCUGGUUCUGUAUUCUCUCGAUAUGGCUGCUGCAAAGGCAUGUCCGGUACCAUCGUUCACGGCUCAGGAAGUGGCUGAUUCCUUCGUGCGCCAGUACUAUACCCUGCUUUGUAUUUCUCCAGGAGAGCUUCACAGAUUUUAUCAGGGUUCAAGGACAAGCACGGUGAGUCGGCCGGCGGGACCUGAUGGUGCCAUGAUCAGCUUCACGACCAUGGAAGAAAUCAAGAAACAUGUUCAAUCCUCUUUGGAUUGCAAGGGAUAUGAUAUUCAUUCUUGCGAUGCACAGUUUAUUGCUGAUGGGGGAGUGUUUGUUUUGGUCAUCGGUCGAUUCACUGCACAGAAUGACAAGACCAGGAAGUUCAAUCAAUCCUUCCUCCUUGCUCCAAUGGAAGAUGUCAAUCAUCAUCGUUUCUUCGUAUUGAAUGAUGUUUUCAGGUUUCUUGAGGACCAAGAGACCAUAGCCAUGCAUCUCCGAGAUGCCUCAGCUGCUGUUUCAACCAACGAUGUCCCCAACAACGCUGUGCCGAAGAAGAGUUUCCUUGCCAUGGUGCAUGCACUGAGUGAAAACCCUGCUUCCUUCAAGGCACCGCCGGUGAAAACAUCUAUCCGCACACUGCCUCGCGAGUCGAAUCUGAACGGAAAAAGUUGCUUGGAAGGCAAGAAAAACACCAGGAACGUGGACAAUGUCGGGGAAACAUCUAUAUUUGUUGGGAACUUGGCCAUGGAUUCAAAACCUGAAGAUCUCUAUGAAGCUUUCAAGAGGUUUGGGGCCAUUAAAGGUAAUGGGGUUCAAAUCAGAACUGAUCAGCAUAACAGACGGUUUGCUUUCAUCCAAUUCGAGUCUUCAAGUUCUGCACAAAGUGCUGUCGAAGCUUCUUCUAUCAGGAUUGGCAACCGGACACUUAAAAUCAAAGAGAAGAAACGCAACAAUGACCCUGGAAAUCGCAAGACUUAUCAAGGUUUCAGCAAUGGCAAUGGCAAUGGCCAGGACAAUUCCAGGGGCGCUGGGAAUUUCACUAAGGGCAAUGGACCUGCUAAUCAUUAGAAACAUUGAAAUUUAUGUUAUCUUGUUUUUAGAUUAAAAAUCAUGGUAAACAAAUUCAAAGUUUAGGACUUUCUUUAAUGUAAUUUUAGAAGUUGCGAAUGAUACCAUGAAAAACUUUAUUUUCCUUAUAUAUUAAUAUUAAA